AUGUCGGUGUUGAAGAGGGAUGAAGCUCCCGAAGUCUUUAGGGAAGCCAUCCUUUAUCGUGAAUGGGGCUAUCGACUGGCUAGUCUGGGUAGAUACCUCUUGGCUAUAGAUUAUUUUGAAAAGGCGUCCAAAUCAGCUGAGACCGAGGACCUUAGAACGUUAAUCGGCCACUACAAGGCGCUCAUCAAGUGCGCGAGAUACUUCGCGGCGGAAAAACUGUCGGAGAAAUGUAUGAAAAUGGAUCCCCGGCAUAAUAAAGUGCGGCAGAUGCGAAUGGAGGCGCUUUUCCAGAUCGGUGACUUCGGUCACAGUCUGGUUCACGCCUACGAGGGUAUACGGCGGCACCGGGUGACCUUUGAGCACGGCGUCUAUCAGGCAAACGAGACCAUCGAAGAUUGCAUCGGCCGGAACACGUCGCCUCUCGCGUUGCUGCUGCUCUACCCCUGGAUACGGCGUUUGUCGCAGCACCGUGAGCUCCUGAUCGGCAAGCUCGUGGAGGAGGAGGACGAGCUCGAAGGUGUUGCGGAGGACGAGGCGAAAUUCAAGGUGAACGAUUCUCAGAUGCGGUUGCAGACGCGAAUGAAAAGACUGCAGCGCGUCAUCUCUGCAGAAAUAGGUAUGAGUUACUUGACGACCGAUAAGGAUUUCCUGGAGGAGAUCGUGAGUCGGCCGGAGAUCGUGACUUCGCCGAACAAGAGGCUGAUCACCGAGCUGCUCGCCCUCGCGAGCACGUGCUAUCGUAACGCGAUCUAUCUGCAGGAUCUUUUGCGUAUGAGACGGCCGCUCUACGUUACUCUCUUCCGGCGACGUGAGAUUCCGAAGGGGCGCAGAAUGAUGAUGGAGCGGGAGCGAAAAUUGCGAAGGAACAUCGUCGUCGUAAAGGCGGAUUUUCUCUUGCGACUUUUGCGAGCCGCGAGAAUUAACAGGGACUAUCCGACCUUUUUCAGACUCGUCGAUCACAUCAAAGACACCUUUGACGGGUACACGGACAAGAUGUUUCCAUUGAAACAAAGGUGCCUGGAUGCGCUUUAUAAGAUAGUGGCGCGGGUGUACAUUGACACACGUAAUUUGAUGUGUUUGGACAACGAGGAAAUGAAGACGAGGUAUUUGAAACAUCACUUGGGAAUACGGAUUGCAACGUUGCCACGGGACAGUGAUAUCGCGUGGAUGCCGAUCAUGAAUCCGAAGAAGACGUUGAAGAUAUUUCGGAGGAGAUUAGCCAUGGCAUCAGCGCCGCUCGAGCUCGCCUGGUUGCAUCAUGAAUUUUGCAAGCUUCUCAUCGGCAUACACCGCUUCGAUCUGGCUAGAUAUUACUCAAAGAAGGGACUCGACAUGGCGCGGCAGGCGAACUGCAACUUAUGGGUUCUGAACAUUAGUCAUCUGAUGCUGCGAACAGAGGUCUGUCAGAAUAAUCGGAGCGACGCGAAGGACAUCGCGAUCAUGACGCUCGCGCACGCCAAAAAGCUAAACAUCGAUUGUCUGAUAGACUUCUAUGAAAGGGCCGUAAAGGCAGUGGAGGAGCUGGACAUGGAGCGUAGCGGCGACUUUAACGGCAUCGCUGCCAGGCAACAGCUUAUCCUCGAGCUAAUGCCGAAGGAGAUGAGGGGUGAGGUGAAUUUUCUCUGGCGGCGAAUGGACGUCGUGCCCGCCGAGAGGCAACUUUCCGUCAUGCCGGGCUGCAAGCCAAUCGAUCGAAAGUUCAAAAUGCCGUCCACGCGAAGGACCAUAUUAUCCAGCCCGCCGAAGGACCUCGAAAAGGACGCCAGGAUCACACUGCUGAAGCAGUACGACCCGCCGCGCAAGCGACCGGGUUUCGUGAAUUUUCAAGAGUUCGAAUAAUCGAUGCUCAAUCGAAACGCAAACAGUCCCGUUUUUUGCAUUGUUUACCGCGGCAUUCGUCGCAAAUAAUUUCGCCAGAGGUAAUCGGCGCCAGACACAAAUGUAAUGAUCCGAAUUCACGAGCGGACAGUUCGUGCUCGACCGCUGUGCUAUUAAUGCGCGUUUGCUCGUUUAAAAUUUAUUGAAGACCGUUAAAAAACAUGUACCUCGUCGACGCGUUUAUUCGAGGCGACGACGGGCUUUUAUUUACUCUUGAUGGAGGCGAUUUAUUUGCGCUUACGUUUUACAGUGGAAAAAAUAUACAUUUAGAAAUACACAUUUAUUUUAAUGCCCACCAGAAUAACUUUGUACCGCUUUCUACCUCUGUCAGAAGCUUUAAUCUUUAUCCGAACAAUCUAUUUAUCACGCAAGCCUAGGAUUCAUCAGAUACCUAUUCUAAUGGUUUUCACGUUUACAUACAGAGGAUGGGCAGAAUUGUAUAAGCAUCCAGGAAUUAUAUUAUUUUGUUACGUCCAUGAUGUGUGAAGA